UCACUGGUCACCACUUCACAGCUGUAUGCGAGAGAAUGUUUCGAAGCUCUCUUAUUAUUCUCUACUACUCUAUCCUAUACCGCUGUGUGGAAAAGAGAUCGCAAAGCAUGGAGGGCGGGGCUUGAGCUAAGACAUACGAAACGCUCUGACUGCUUGCAUGGUCAGCCAAAUGUGAGAGAGAAAAGAACAAGUAUAAAUCAUUUUCUUAAGAAAAAUAAAAUCAACACAACUCUUGUUUACCGUAUCUCCUCAAAUGCAUAACAAAAGAGUUCGUCGAUCGGUGUAGACGUGCGCGCGUUAUCUGUGAAAGAAUGAGGAGAUUUAAUUUGGGGUUGUUGGAAGUGGAAUAUGUGUAAUACGUCACAAAUGUGGAUCUACGCAUAAAUGAAUGAAUGAGUGGUUUUAAAUUGUGUCUCAAUAAAAUCGUAAAAGUGUUCGAAAUACCCGUUAUACCACACAAUGCUGAAGUAUAGUGAUAAAUGAUAAAUGAAGAGAAGAUAAUCCCAAUCGUAGUGCUGAAAGUGCUGAUGAAAUAUAUCCAGUUAUAUUCAUGAAAUUUGGAAAAUGAGUUCAUUUCUAAUGGGUUACCCGCACCACUUUCAAUCAAUGGGAAUAAAUAUUGAGCCCAAGUUUCCACCAAGUGACGAAUAUAGUUUUCAUAAUGGUUAUAAUAAUGUAAAUGGUAUUACACAAAACGGAAAUGAAUACUUACAUCACCCAACGAGUGAACUAACACCGCAUAGCUCUGGAGCCAACAAUGGAAAUAAUUACAACAGUUAUUCACAUGGUAUGAGUGGACAUUAUUACCACCAUCACCAUCAUCACCACCAUCAUAAUGGAUACACGUCUCCGGUACAAAUGCAUCCGACAGCUUCGAUACCCACGCCUGCAGCAAUUGUACAACCUUCAACACCAUCGAGCAGUUCAACGCCAAAUGAAAGUAAUGGAUACGUGUCAAAUACAUAUUAUCCAUCAUAUUACAAUGGUAGUGGACAUCAGCCUUUAAUGGAUGUUCCGCUACAAUGUCCUGGAAGUGAAAUUAGCAAUACGGCUUUAGGAUUACAAGAAUUAGGUUUAAAAUUAGAUAGGCGAAUAGAGGAAGCAGUACCUGCUGGGCAACAACUUCAAGAACUUGGAAUGAGACUGAGAUGUGAUGAUUUAGGAUCCGAUCAGGAUGAAUAUCUAGAUGAAGAACAAAUGAUGAUGGAUAGAUCACCUGACGAAACGGAAUCAAACGAUGGAGAACUGGACGAACUGGAUUCUGAUAAUGAUCUCGGCGACGAUAUGAUGAACACCACUAGUGACGGGGAACGAAUUAUUUAUCCAUGGAUGAAAAAAAUUCACGUUGCUGGUGUUGCGAACGGCUCAUACCAACCGGGAAUGGAACCGAAACGCCAACGUACAGCCUACACGAGACAUCAAAUUUUAGAAUUGGAGAAAGAGUUCCAUUACAACCGCUAUCUCACCCGGCGACGGAGGAUAGAAAUAGCCCACACACUGGUACUGUCAGAGCGACAGAUUAAAAUAUGGUUUCAAAAUCGGCGGAUGAAGUGGAAGAAAGAUAACAAACUACCCAAUACGAAAAAUGUACGAAAGAAAAGCGGUGAUCAAGGUAAGAACAACGCCGCGUCCAACCCAACAGGCGGUACAGGAAAAAAGGGUCGCAAAACGAACUCGUCAAGCUUAUCAAACGCGAAGAAGCAAAUGAGUCUUCAAAGUGAAUGCCUUCGUACUGAGAGCCUUGAAAGCAUGACGGACAUUCAUAAUUCAUUGAAUGGAAGUAAUCUUGGUUCAGUUCCUUACAUUUCUGCGUCCGACGUAACCGGAGUGUUGCCCACAAAUUCCAGCAAUAAUAAUAACAACCAAGAGUCGUCGUCUCACGGUCAACAACAUCAACAGCCUGCAGCACCACCACUAUUGAAUAGCUCCGCGACCACCAAUAAUGUGAAUAGCACCGGUGUCCAUUCCAUUAGUAUUAAGCACGACUAUGAUCUCACUGCUCUAUAGGAAAAUAUU